GAGACAAGCUCUACCAAAGUGGAUUGAGAGUGAUGGUUAAAAGACACAAUUCUCGCUUUUGGAGCUAUAAAGAAUAAAUAAGUAAACAAAGAAUAGUUUAUUUUAAUACUCAUCUUGAGUUUACUACUGAACUCACGGCUCGUAACCCUGCCUCUCCCUAUUGUUUAGCCAAUCAGCUCGAGAGUUUUGCCUCACUAAAGAUGUAACAGCGUGAAGCCGGCGUCAAGUCAAACUAUCAUCAAGGUUCAGACUGUAGUGAAUAUACACCUGCAAGAGUUCAAAGAAAAGUUGGAGUCAAAAAAGUAUGCAGGAAAUAAAUGAAUCGUAUGGCAGAGUUCAAAUCCAGCCAUUCUGCGGAGACCAUUCUGCGUGCCUUGCUACUCCAGAAACGAUUGAUAAUAACAAAAAGGAAAGAUAUUGUAACGGUUCUUCCAAUUUUUAUUACGCCCGUACUAAAGGAUCCUUCUCUUCAUGUGCUAUGUGUGAGACCGAGGUAUCUCCAGGUGUGGGAGGAACCCAAAACUGUAUCAGAUAUUACUCGGAUAGAUUUGUAUACAUUAAAAGUCAUUCGGGCGGUUUGAAAGACUCUUUCAAGCACAGGCAGUCUCCAGUUAGUGACUUGAACUAUGGUGGCUAUACAGACCCAAAUUACGAUGUUAAAAUAUUAAAUAAACAACAUAAUCAGGAAACUUGCUCAGCUGUUAAUUGUUCAACGGACAGAAACUAUUUGGAAAAAACAACCACAGGAUGGCGACUUUCACAGGCUAAAGGAGUUAACAACACUGGUUUCAGGUCUUCAGAUGAACAAAACAAUGUUCGAAUAAAAACGUGGGAAUCUUAUGGUGAACUAUGUGCAAAUCCCGUUAGAUCAAGUACUAGGGUGCCAUCUAGUAGCUGCCAGGAACGUGAUUUUAAUUUAAUCUCGGAUCCAGUAAGCUCAAACAAAGAGUACAUGAGCUCUUCGUGGCAAGUAACUCACGUGACAGCCUACGUCACACCUUCAGACACGUCCAGUCCGACACGAGGUAGAAGUGCUUGUGCUUACACUCAGCUCGAGUCAGUAAAACGAAAACACGGAGGAAAAGGAACAAACUUUAUGACUACCAUACCAUUGUCAUACACCACAAGGUUUGAUGAACAAAGCAUGGAAACUUUACCGGAUUUUAAGCUGGAUAACUUUUCAACCUGUGUUGAUCUGCUUUCAAACUCAAAGAUCAGAACCCGUCGACUUAAACCAGAACCUUCAACUCCUUCAAAACUGACAUCUAGCCCUGUAGGUGAAACUUCUCCUCGUGUUGAAAACAGAAUUAACACUGAAGACACACAAGCACGUACUACCCAAUGUCAACGUAGAGGAAGUCUUCAGUUGUGGCAAUUUCUGAUUGGCUUACUAGAUGAUCCAGCUAAUUCUGCAUUCAUCGCUUGGACGGGGAGGGGAAUGGAAUUCAAGUUGAUUGAGCCAGAAGAAGUAGCGAGACGUUGGGGCCUACAGAAGAAUAGACCAGCUAUGAACUAUGACAAAUUGAGUCGAUCCUUACGGUAUUACUACGAGAAAGGGAUCAUGCAAAAAGUGACAGGGGAGCGGUAUGUCUACAAGUUCAUCUGCGAUCCAGAGAUCUUGUAUAAUCUUGCCUUCAAAGACAACCACAAACAGACAAAAUAUGAUUUAGAAGACAGUAAUGAAAACUACUAUAGUGUGUACAACAGCUACGCGAUGGCGCCAAAGUUGGAUACCUUACCUCAGGGAUAUCAUUCAAUUGACAGAGAUUUAACCGAAAGUCAGAGUAACCAAGGAAAUAUAUACCCCGGUGUAUACCAACCACUGAACUGUCUUCAAAACCUAUCAAGUAGUCCUCACGGGCAAACCAGGGCAGCAGUUGAUUCCAGAUUUGCCGAUGAAGGAUGUGUGUUUUAGUUUAGAGAGACAUCUGGUUGUUUUCAUUUUUGCCUAUAGUGUAUUGAGUCUCUGAAUAAAA